CGACGAGCUCACUGUGCCAUCGAUUGUCCUCUUCCCCACUUUGCCACAUCCAUGGGCACCUGGGAGGGCGUUGCUCGCCGCUUCUUUAACUCCCAGCGACGCUCUGGUGAACACUAUGAGCUCGUGCCGUCCGAAGAUGGUCUCCCGACCCGCCGUGCCUCACCAACGCCUUGGCGACCUCAAUCAUUCAGAUUUCGCUCGCUCCGUGUCGUUUGCUUCGCUUGCCUGCACCUUCUCACACUCAGACGCAUCUUUGCUUUCCUUCUGACUGUUCUCGCGUUCCUUGUUCUCGGUAUUCUGUGGUCUGGUAUACCACCAAGCUAUGCGUCUAUUCGUGAGUUUGAACGACGUCUCCCUCAGCACAAUGUAUCUCUGCCAUUCCCUGAGGGGAAAGAUGGGAUGUAUCUGCGAUUUCCUGAGCACCUGUGGGGGCAUGGUUUGAAUAAUAUCAUGCAGGAAUUCAUCCUGAUGUCGCAUCUCGCCUACCUAUCCAAUCGUUCAUUCGUGUUCGAAGACUAUACAUGGUCAAAAUCCUUAUUUCCAUAUACCAUCUACGACUUCGCACUUCGCCCGUCCCGCAUCCCACUGAACGCGUUUAUAUCCGGCCCAAGUGCUGGUGGACCAAUGCAUGCUCCGCGCGCAGUCAGUGCAGAAUACUGGGAAACAGUCUGCCCUCCAUCCAAGCGAGUCCGAAUCAGCUCUGCGGAAGCACCCAAUUUGGAAGAGGGUGGUGACCUUCUCAGCUGGUGGGUCGAACGACUCAAAACUACACCCGACGGAUGCGUCGAAGUCGGGAACGAUCCUCCCGUAUUCAGUUGGUUCCUUUUCGGUUCGGAGCGUAUUCUAUCACUAUGGCCUUCCCUUUCCGAAUCACCAAUUAUCCAGGAUUUCGCCUGGUCACCACUAGUAACAUCCGGAGUUGCUCGUAACCUCGCGCUUUUAUCCUCAACACCCGCUGCUGUUCCUCCAGAUACCAUCCACGGUCUCGUCGCGGUUCAUCUCAGACGGGGAGACUACAUUCGUCACUGCCCUCGACUCGCUCUCUGGGGUGCAACCUACCUCGGCUUCAACCAAUUCCCUGAACUACCCGAUCGGUUCUCACCUCCCGAAUUCGGCGCGCUCGAUAGCUUAGACGGACGCGAAAAAUAUUACAUGCAGCAUUGUUGGCCCGAAAUCGACGACAUUGUGACCAAGUUACACCAUGUCCGGAAAGACCGACCAGACUUGCAUCGUGUGUACGUAUUGACGAAUGGUUGGGGCUGGUGGGUCGAUCGACUACGCAUGGCUUUAGAAAAGGAUGGAUGGACGGACUUGAAAAGUAGUUUGGAUGUUCAAGUUGAUAACGAGCAGAAAUACGUUGCGAUGGCGAUUGAUAUGGCAAUUGCUGAACGGGCAGAGGUGUUUGUAGGGAAUGGGUUCUCAAGUUUAUCAUCAAACAUAGUCAUGCUACGAACAGCCAAAAAGAUGGACCCGCGGAGCAAUCGUUUCUGGUGAAUGAAGUUCCCGCAGUUCCCUCGAUUCCCUCAGUUCUCUACAUAGUUCUUUACAACCUUGCUUUGCAACUGCAUUCUCUGCCUCUGUUUCACCUUUGGGGAUUAGUGCUUCUUUAAGCAUAUUUUAUAUUUUCUGUAUCUAUUUUAUUAUAUAAUGGCUCGAUUGGUAUUGGUAGAGAUGUGAUUUGUUCUGUGUUUCUCCUACUAUUAGAGAUUUGUUCAAUAUAAC